UUUUGGAUCUCGCUGGCUGGCUGCUCGGGCAAGGGGCGGGACCUAGGCCGGAUCUGCUUGUGAUAUCGGUUCGGGGGUAGAUUGUGGGGCGCUGGAGUGGAGCAGCCGCCGCCCGGUGAUCACAGCGCCCGGCCGCCCCCGCCAUGUCGGACUUCGACAGUAACCCCUUCGCGGACCCGGACCUCAACAACCCCUUCAAGGAUCCUUCAGUUACACAAGUGACAAGAAAUGUUCCACCGGGAUUAGACGAGUACAAUCCUUUCUCAGAUUCCAGAACACCUCCACCAGCAAAUGUGAAAAUACCUAAUGCACCUGCACCCAGUACACAACCAGCUAUAAUGAAACCAACAGAGGAACCUCCUGCUUACACACAAAUAGCAAAGGAGCAUGCAUUGGCCCAGGCUGAGCUGCUUAAGCGCCAAGAAGAAUUAGAAAGAAAAGCAGCAGAACUAGAUCGCAGAGAAAGGGAAAUGCAGAAUCUCAAUCGACAGGGUGGCAGGAAAAAUAAUUGGCCUCCUCUGCCUGGGAAUUUUCCAGUGGGUCCUUGUUUCUACCAGGAUUUUUCUGUAGACAUUCCUGUAGAAUUCCAGAAGACAGUAAAGAUUAUGUACUACUUGUGGAUGUUCCAUGCAGUGACACUGUUUCUAAAUAUCUUUGGAUGUUUGGCCUGGUUUUGUGUUGAACCUGCACGAGGGGUUGAUUUUGGAUUGAGUAUCCUCUGGUUCUUGCUUUUUACUCCUUGUUCAUUUGUCUGCUGGUACAGACCACUUUAUGGAGCCUUCAGGAGUGACAGUUCUUUCAGAUUCUUUGUGUUCUUCUUUGUGUAUAUCUGUCAAUUUGCUAUACAUGUACUCCAGGCUGCGGGAUUUCAAGGAUGGGGUAACUGUGGAUGGAUUUCAUCUCUGACUGGGCUUAACAAGAGUAUUCCUGUUGGCAUUAUGAUGAUAAUCAUAACAGCACUUUUCACAGCGUCUGCUGUCAUCUCACUAGUUAUGUUUAAAAAGGUUCAUGGCCUAUACCGUACAACCGGUGCUAGUUUUGAAAAAGCCCAGCAAGAGUUUGCAACUGGUGUGAUGUCGAACAAAACUGUACAAACAGCUGCAGCAAAUGCAGCAUCUACAGCAGCCACUAGUGCAGCUCAAAAUGCUUUCAAGGGUAACCAAAUUUAGUGAAAUACAAAAAUCACUACAGUUCUUUGACUGUACUUUAUUUUCCAUCUUAUUAAUUCUAUUCCUAAAGACUUGCGUUCAGAAUACACACAGCAUGUAUGUCUCUCCUUCAGCUGUGCAUGGGCUAAAACGGGAAAAAAAUCUUGUUUUAUUCCUUUAUACAUUUAUUUAUCAAAACAAAAAAACUCACAGGCAACUUUCUUUGCCCUCUUUAAAACAUUAAAUACAUUCUAUAUAUAUAAUUCUCCAUAUUUUCUGGAGGAGCAAUAUUUUGGUGGAAACUUCAGCAAUGGAUCUGAAAUUGAUAUGGUACUUUCUGUGAUCAGUUAAAUGUAUUUAGAGGGGGGUUUUAAUAUUUCACUCUAGAAUCUUUUGUUUUAACUUUGGAGCAGUUAUUUUUGUUCUUGAGCCUGUUUCCCUAUUUCUACUGCAAGAAGUAGACUGACAGUUUGAGACUCUAGAUUUGGCUGCUGCUGUGGCAGUUUCAGCAGCUGAUGGACAGAUAUAAGUAUGGUAGAUAAUGUAAUUUCUUUCUUUCUUUCUUUCUUUUUAGAGCAGUAGGUUUUUAAUAUAGAUCUACAAGUUUGCAUGAAUAUUGUUGAGGUAUUUGGCCAUGCUGAAUUAGUGUUUUGGUCCAGGAUUUAUCUGUACCACUUAGUGUUGAUUUGUAUCUAUUUUCAUGGCAUACUUUUUAAAAUCAGAAAUGGCUAUUGCAUAGACAUUCUUGCUGCCAGAAUGUGUAAUGCAAUGUACAGUUAAGAGAAGUUAACUGAUGGUUUUGAUCAAAGAGCUAAAUGAUUAUAUUUGCUAUUUUUAAUUUCAGUUUUCAUGUCUUAGGAAAACACAUUCUGUUAUAGGAAAAAUUACCAACCUUUAGAAUACGUCGAUAAACAGUUCUUUGUCACCUUUUAAAUGCAAUGAAAUUUUUGUGGGGUAGGGGUGUUGGAUUUUACUUUUCAGUGUCAAUUUGUGUUUACCAGUGGUACUAAAUCUAUAGCUUGGUCAGUCACUUUAUUUACUGCUUUUCCAAAAAUCUGAAUAUACAGUAUUUAAUUUAAUUUUUUUUUUUUACAGGAAUAUUUUCUCUAAUCAAACUUUUUAAACUGUGGCAUUUAACACAUACUUGAAUUCCUUUUAACGCACCUCAGCCUUCUUUUGUGAUUUGAUUCAAGCUGAAUAAGGAAGACUCUUAACUAUUUUGAGUUGGAAAAGAAAUAUUUUUUAUCUCCAUUGAGAGAAUAAAAUUAAAUACGUUCACAUUGUUGAAAUGGAUAUCUGUCUAAUAUAGGGGUAGGCAACCUAUGGCAUGCAUGCCAAAGGCAGCACGCGAGCUGAUUUUAAGUGGCAUUCACACUGCC